GGCUUUACAAUCGAACAUGCCCCGCUAUCUGUCAUCUGUCAUCAACACCAUCUCCAGAUUCUGAAUCCGUUCUCAUUCUGCGCCAGAAACAGAAAUCACAUAAUUCCCCCGACUACCAAUCAAUGGCAAAGGCACAGAUCAACCUUAACGGCCUUGGUCUACAGCUCCCAAGCUCCAGUGGAUCCUCAGCACCACCGACCCCUCGCCGGCCCCUCACACCAGCGGCACCACCGACGGGCAUAGUGGUCUUCUCGGGUGGUAGCGCCGCUAACAACCUCGUCGAUGUCUUCGAGAGCGUUCGAGAAGCGAAUCAGUGCACGCUGAGCUACGUGAUACCCAUUUCUGAUAAUGGCGGCAGCAGUAGUGAGAUCAUUCGUGUCUUUGGUGGACCUGGUAUCGGAGAUGUGAGGUCCCGACUUGUUCGUCUUAUUUCGAACGAUGGAAGUCCUGAGACGAGAGCUAUCAAGCACUUCUUCAAUCAUCGCUUGCCAAAGGUCUACACUGAGGCCAGAUCAGAAUGGUUUGAGAUUCUAGAAGCGACUCACCCUCUCUGGAAUGACAUCUCGUCGCCCAAAAGGGAGCUUAUCAGAUCUUAUCUGAACAGCUUCAAUCUUGAGGUUGUGAAGCGCAUGAAGCCUAGCAGCCGCUUUGACUAUUCCGGGGCCAGCAUUGGAAACCUCUUCCUUACAGGCGCUCGUCUCUUCACUGGUAGUUUCGAAGCUGCCAUCUACCUGUUGAGCUCAAUAUGUUCAGUGCCGGAUAGAAUAGCAGUCCUUCCAGCCCUCAACACCAACUUUGCUAGCCAUAUCGCUGCUGGUCUUGAAGAUGGCACGAUAAUCACAGGCCAGAACGACAUCUCGCAUCCCAGUGCUCCAACCGCCGCUGUGCCUGGAGCAUCAGCCGGUGUGCACAGCCCAACAGUAUCGCGACAGGACCAGCCAUGGGACCAAGAUCACCACCAUGUAGAGGACGCGAACCUACCAGGAACACUACCUGCAUUGCGCCGACCGGCCAUUGCAUUCUCCAAAGAGCAAGAAGAAGACCUACCCGCAAGGAUUGCGCGAGUAUGGUACAUCAACCCAUACGGCGAGGAGAUCAAGAUGCCCGCCAAUCCAAGAGUCCUCGACGCCCUCCGAUCUGUUCACAGUGUGGUAUACAGCAUUGGCUCCCUCUUUACCUCAUUAAUCCCCAGCCUUGUCCUUCGCGGUGUCGGCGAUGCCAUCGUCAGUCCGCAAGUGCGCAACAAGAUCCUCAUCCUCAACGGCACAACCGAUCGCGAGACUGGUCCUUCAACGGCGCCUUUCACUGGAUUAGACUUUGUUGGAGCUAUCGCAAAUGCUCUCGCUGACUCAAGAGGUCUGCCCAAACCCACGGAGGAGGAAUACAGUCAAUAUGUGUCGCAUGUUAUUUACAUAGAAGGUCCAGCGUCGCCGAAGGUGGAUAAACAACUGUUUACACAGUUGGGUAUAGAUGCAACGAGGCUGUAUGGUCCCAAGGAUGAGAAGGGAAGAGGUGGGCGGUAUGAUGCCAAGGCUUUGACUCAGGCGCUUGAGACCAUCAUUGGAAGAAAGGAUGCGCGAUCUGACAGAAGUCGUCGAAAUACUCUGGUGGGUUAAUGAACGACUGGGGGGGUUGGGGGGUUGUAAUGAGACUUGAAUGUAGUCAUGAGGGACCCUUCAUUCGGUUCACGCGGAUAGAGGGGAUCAUCGGCAAGUCGAGUCAAUCAAAUAUGAUAAACAUAAGAAAAAAAAAUUGUAUUAGAUGGUAUAUCGCCGUGGUAUGCAUUCAAACUCCAGGUCUGACCGUAAUGCCAUUUCCACCACAAUUCUCAAGACGCCAAUCGCCCAAUCCAACCCAACCAAACCCUUUCCAAGUACUCAUUCCCAAGGCCGUGACCCAAUAGUUCCUCCGCUUAUUCGACAUCAGCCGGCGAAAAGAUCAAGUAUGCCAUGACAACAGGCCAAGCCGUCGAUAAUAGCAACGCUCCCAUAACCGAACCAAGUGACGUUCUAACGCGAUCGUAGGGACCCUUCCAUCGGUCGAUCAGAGCGCAGGUGCUGAAGAUCAUGGCGCAGGCGUAGAGUGACGAUGCCCAGAAUAUACCGAGGAACAUGUCCGCGUGUCGGUCUUCAGGACUGAGCACGACUUUCGAAGUGUCGGGGACGAAGGUUGAGGAGAGAUUGUUACCCAUUGUGGGGGAUGUAAGUGGUGGUAUGCAAGUAUGUGUGGUGUUGAGUGGGGUUAAGUGGUGGAGGUUGAGUCGCAAAGGAGGGUUGCAGCAAAAUCCUUCGAAUUAAAAAAAAAAUUGUUAAGAGUUAUUAAGUCACUCGCCAGCGAGGAAGAGAAAAGAAUGAAGAGGGAUUUUCAGCAAGACGCUCGUUCUUUGAAGAAGAGCG